CUAGCAACCUUAUUUAUUGGUGGUAUUUGUAAGCUUCGAUCAAACUGUAUCUCGUCGUUGAUUACACUAUCAGUGAUCAGUAUCGAAACGGAACAACAAAUAAAAUCUUUAAAACCUUAUUCCUAUAUGGAAGAAGCGUUGUGUAAAGCGGCAGCCAGUGGAAAUCUCGGCCUAACCGCGCGUAUUUUGCACGAGCGUGUCGAUCAGAAUUGCAAAGAUGAAGUUGGCAGAUCACCGUUGCACUAUGCUGCACUGAAUGGACACUUUGAAAUUAUUCGUUUGCUUUUGAGCAAUCGAGCCACAGUGGAUGUGGCUGAUGCGAACAAUGUGACCCCGUUGCACUUGGCUGCUCGUAAAGAUCAUCUGCGUUGUGCGCAACUGUUGUGCAUGGCCGGAGCGGACAUUCUGAAAACAUGCGCCUCGGGCUGUACACCCCGAGAUCUGGCCCCCUAUGAUUCACCGACUUGUUAUUUUCUGGAGCGUUGUGAACUAGGUGACAAACCGAAACCAAAAAUUCUAUUCCAGCGAAACUCAAAAUCAAUAAUCCGUCGGAAUAUCGGAUCUAGAAUGUCCACGUCCGUGUCCGGUGAACAAAAAUCAUCCAAGAGUAAAGAUAUCAAACGAAAAGGCAAAUAA